UUCCAGCAUGAGAGAGAGCUGAGCAGAAGGGAGUGGGCCCGGGUUCAGGACUGGAUCCACACAAGUCUGGAUGAAGCUCUGGAGGGACCGACCCCCGACUCUGGCCGACUUUUACGCACGGAUCUGCGCAUCUGACGGAACCGGACAAACUGGAUCGGACUUCCAGGAAUUUACAGUUCUUCACUAAACUGGACCGAGUGGUGUCAGAAUGGAAUCAGACAGGAAUGUCAAAUGUAAAAUAGUGGCUGUGGGGGACAGCCAGUGUGGGAAAACUGCCCUGCUCAAUGUGUUCGCCAAAGACUGUUUCCCUGAGGGGUACAUGCCCACGGUGUUCGAGAACUACACGGCCACCUUCGACCUGGACAUGCAGAGGGUGGAGCUGCGGCUGUGGGACACUUCAGGUUCCCCUUAUUAUGACAACGUCAGGCCUCUGUCCUACCCUGACGCUGAUGCCGUCCUCAUCUGCUUCGACAUCAGCAGACCAGACACACUAGACAGCGUUUUAAAGAAGUGGCAAGGAGAGAUUGAAGAGUUUUGUCCCAACACCAAGUUGCUGCUGGUGGGCUGUAAGUCGGACCUGCGCACAGACCUGUUCACCCGCUCCUUCAACAGACAGGCUCCUGUAUCAUAUGACCAGGGCUCCAACGUAGCCAAACAGCUGAGUGCACCGUACCUGGAGUGUUCAUCCCUUCAAUCUGAAAACAGCGUCAGAGACAUUUUCCACGUGGCUACGCUGGCCUGCGUCAACAAGAACAAGAAGAGCAUGAAGAGGAGGAAGUCAUCCAGAUCCACCAAGAGGACAUCCCACAGAGGAGGAGACCUGCCCACUGUGGCCACGACACACUAUCAGCAGACCAAAGCCAAAAGCUGCGUGGUCAUGUAGACACACACCACACACUGGUAUGGACAGAAACUGGAAUGUUCCACCAACCCCCCCCCCCCCCCCCCCCCCCCCGGAAACAAGGAUGAGAAAACUGUUUGUUGAAAAAUCUAGAUCAGCUUCAGUACUCGUUGUGGAGAACUGUCAUCUCUGUGAUUCUAAACUGUUGGUGGUGACGACACCCUAACCCCCCCCACACACACACACACACACACACACCCCUUGAUCCAAGACUGACUUGUCUCCUUUAGAGACAUCAUGUCGCAUCUCCACCGUCCAGUCUUAGCUUAACCAACACUAACUAGACUCAGGAGGUCAAGCAUCCAGUG